GGGGGCGGGAGCCAAUGGGAGCGGCGGGGGGCGCGUGCGGUGCCGGGAGCAGCCCUGAGUAGUGCUUGGCCGUGCCCUCCUGAGUGCUCCCUUGGAAAGUGGCGAUGAUCACGUUCAUGAACAAUUCAGACAGCGAGGAAGAGCCCUGCAAUGAGAGAACAUCCCUGAUGUCUGCAGAGAGCCCUCCAGUACCUUCCUACCAGGAUGGCCUGCAAGCCUCAGCAGCAGGGGAAGCACAGGCACAUAGGAAGAGGCGAGCAGGCAGCAACCGUGGCCCGAACAAUAUUGCUGGCGGAGAAAUGUCUGGCUCGGGUAUUCCAGUGAGAGAAAGUGCCCUGGAAAAUGAAGAGGAGGAACUGACUCUGAAAUAUGGAGCAAAGCAUGUAAUCAUGCUCUUUGUGCCUGUCACCCUUUGUAUGAUUGUUGUCGUCGCCACCAUAAAGUCAGUGCGCUUCUAUACGGAGAAAAACGGGCAGCUGAUCUACACCCCUUUCAGUGAGGACACCCCAUCUGUGGGCCAGCGUCUCUUGAACUCGGUGUUGAACACCAUCGUAAUGAUCAGUGUCAUCAUUGUAAUGACCGUGUUCCUAGUGCUGCUCUAUAAAUACCGCUGCUACAAGUUCAUCCAUGGCUGGCUGAUCCUAUCCUCCUUGAUGCUGCUCUUCCUCUUUACCUACAUAUACCUCGGUGAAGUGUUGAAGACAUACAACGUGGCCAUGGAUUAUCCCACUCUGUUCAUAGUCAUCUGGAAUUUUGGAGCUGUUGGAAUGAUUUGCAUCCACUGGAAAGGUCCCUUGCAGCUCCAGCAAGCUUAUCUUAUUAUGAUCAGUGCUCUAAUGGCAUUGGUGUUCAUUAAAUAUCUACCUGAGUGGUCAGCAUGGGUGAUUCUAGGUGCAAUCUCCAUCUAUGAUCUGAUGGCUGUUCUCUGUCCCAAGGGGCCACUGAGAAUGCUGGUAGAAACUGCACAGGAGAGAAAUGAGCCCAUUUUCCCUGCAUUAAUAUAUUCAUCUGCUAUGAUGUGGACAGUUGGAAUGGCAAAGCCAGACACAGCAGCAAGAGGACCAAGCCAGCAGACAUGGGAUGCAGCUGAGGAUGGGAGAGAACACCUCAGGAGCCCUUCACAUGCAGAGUCUCAGAUGUCAGAGACAAGGAGUCCUGUUCCAACCCACCCCAUCACUUCUUUAGAGGAGCUCGAGGAGGAGGAAAGGGGUGUGAAGCUGGGCCUUGGAGACUUCAUAUUUUACAGUGUGCUUGUUGGGAAAGCAGCUGCCACAGCUAGUGGAGACUGGAAUACCACACUGGCCUGCUUUGUAGCCAUUCUCAUAGGUUUAUGCCUAACACUUUUACUACUGGCUGUUUUUAAGAAAGCACUGCCUGCUCUUCCCAUCUCCAUCACCUUUGGCUUGAUCUUCUACUUCUCUACAGACAACCUUGUGCGACCAUUCAUGGACACCCUGGCCUCCCACCAGCUGUAUAUUUAGAAGAAGUGGGAGUUAGAGGAUUCUUCUUCAAGCCUUGCUGUGAAGCAUGGUACAAUGUUUGGAAUAGGUCAUAAGGUUUUUACACUUAGUGCCAUAUAUUUGUAAGGAAAACACUAAUUCUGUGACAUGCUGUGUACUAAAAAUCUAAUAGUUACGUCUUGAAGUGAGAUUUUUCACAGGACUCUUGGUGAAAAGCCUGGCUCCUUGCUGAUGUCAGAGUGUUACUUUUAUUUUAUUUGAUGUGCACAGUGGCUGUUAUGAGCCCAGAAACCUGUAUGUAGCAUGGAACACUGGAGAGGUGAGAGGUCUGAUCUUCCAGGAGCUAAGUAAGGUGUUCAGCCCUGGAACUGCAGUCAUCUUUAACCACACUCUAGAAUUUCUAAGUCUUCACACGUUUGAGUGCAGUACAAACACGAGGUGCAAGUGAUUGGAAAAGCACAGCUGGCAGCAUGCACAGAGCAAUGUGUGAGCCAUUAGAGAAGUGAGGUUGGACUUCCUACGUUGGCUGCUGUGCACACAGCAUCUGCUGGAAUUGCCCCAAAGGCCCAUUUAUUCUGACCUUAGUUAGACAUAGUGAGCCAAGAGGGAUCAGGACAGGGUGUCAGUGCUGGGAUGUGUGAAUAUCAGGCUCCUCGCCCUGAGCACAUCCACCACUGCAGGAAGCAGCUGAUGAAGGCAGGGCUGCCCCUUCCAGUGCAUCAGAUCCUCAGCGUGUGGAAACAGAUACUGCUCUCUCCUCCCAAUGUUUUAUUUCUUAGGAAAUAUAUUUCUGGGUCCAUACUACAAUCCUGAAAUGACCCUAAGGUGGAAAUGACUGAACAACUCCAGUAAAUCAGACCUGUAACUUACUGUGUGUGUUUCUGGUCUCAUUUCUGUGCAUUGUUGUAACUACUCCAAAGGAGGAUUUACCUUCCCUUUAUUAAGAGGUCCUCUCUUACACUGACUGAGACUUGGUUUACCUAGGUUUUUGUACUGUUUAAAGAUUAUUUGUUUAAUUACAAUUUUUAAAAUAGCUAUUUAGUGUCAAAGGGACUCUUUUGGAAAUAUCCAGUCAUAGUUUAUAUCAAAAUAUUGGGGUGCAAACUUCAAUCUCUUGUUACAUUACUUUUAGGAAUAGCUAUACACCCUCAAGUGAGUUCAAUAACAAAAUCACAGUGCUUGAUGCUGUGAUUAAGAAAAUCAUAGUGCUCGGUGUCAGUAAAAAAGACAUAGGACAGACUGAACCUUUAUGUUUUGUCCACUGUUGAAAAUAAUUUUAUUUCUACUCUUUGAGUCAGUUUUUCAAUAGUUGCCAAAGUUCUGUGAUUUUUUUUCUUCUCUCUUUACUUGUGUCUGUUACUCAAACAAGCUCAGUUUUCUUUGACAGCUGAUCAGUGUCAGUAAAUGUAACAUGCAAGAUUUCAUGAAUAAUGCAAUGUCAUUGGGAGACACAGAAUUAAUUUCUGGAAAUACUUUUUAGCUAAGGCUUUGAAUUACACAUUUUUUAUGUAGUGCUUUUUCCAGUAGACCUGUUCAAGCUCAUCUGCUUUGAUAUUUAACAAGGACAUCACACAGGUGAUUCAGACUAAUUUUUAAAAAGUGCAUAAGGGUUUUUACAAGGGUGUGUGUGUGUGUGUGUGUGUGUGUCUGUCUCAGUCUGGACAAGUCAGUAACUCUUGGUCUUUGUUAGUUUUCGUCCUCAUUUCUCACAUUUGCAAUGUUUGGACUUAACAACUGCAGACAGAGUAACUGUUACUAUAAGGUAUUUCCUUUGGAAAUGUAAAUCAGUAGAGCUUUGUUUGCUGAUUUUUAAGGUUUAUGUGAGAAUUGCUUUUUCUAUUUGUUUGUUUGUGUUUGUUUUUUCAAUGAAAACAGUUAUGGGGCCAAAUCAGACUAGAAUCACUGGGAAACAAUGAUUUUACUUUUUGCAUUGCAUGGUGUAGAGAGGAUGUGUGUUAUUUGUAUAUACUGAAAGAAAAAUCCUGCUUGGCUUCUCAGGGUUGUAGCUUAUUGUUAGAAAUUAUUUCUAUGAAAGCAGAGUUGAUACUUGAAGAAACUGGGAGGGGAAUCUUCACACAGUGAAGGAUCACCACUGGUUUUCUGCAGAUACCUGCUUGCCAAAGACUGGCCUUCCACUGACCAAUUCUGCAGAACUUAAAAGAAUUUUAAUUUAAAAGGUAACUGAGCAAGAGAUUCUGGAAGUGCAACAGAAUGUAUUGUCCUGAUGAGUGAUAGUAUAUGGAUAUACUGGAGUGGUUGUAAUUGUGUACAAGUUCGUAUGUAUUUACUACAAAUAUAUAUUUGUGUUUGUGUGUGCAUAUACACACAGACACACAAAUUUUAAAAUUACAUGGAGUGAUUUCUCAUCUCUUUGGACCUGUGCAUGAAGUGAAGUUUUGUCUGUGCAGCAUGGCCUAAGAUGUGAAAUGCAGAGGGCAGGAUUUACCCUACUCAUAGCUGGCUGCUACAUGAGAUUCUGACUCAGUGACCUGGCAACUUGAAUCAGCAAAGCAUUUGUCUGCCUAAUGUGCUUAUUCACCAGUGUCACCUUGCUGCAUGCUCUGAAGAAAUCCUACUGUUCCCCCUGACGUGCAUCUCUGAAACAGCACAGCUCAGGAACACUGAGGUAACACCUUUCUUGAUGCUGGUGUCACUCAGAGUCCGAAGUCCUACAGGAGGUGCCACGUGUUGGCAUUUUCCUGUGUGAUCCAGGUCACACUCACCCCUCCUCUCCAGUCUGAAAUUAAUGUUUCAGCGCAUCUAGUCUCAAAUGUAGCUUGGGCAUACAUCAGUUUUUAAGCUCUAAGACUGAAGCCAAGUCCAGGAACAAAAAUUUAGUGGUGGGCCUGCCUAAUGCAACCCCUUGAGUGAAACUUUUGGUGGGAGAUCUGGGGUUUUGUUUAACUGUCUGCUGUGUGUCAAAAACUGGAGAUGAGCCCUGUCCUCAGAGGAUGCAAAAGAAGCAUCACAGUCAUAAUGAAAAAAACAGAAACAGGAUAGUUCUUGCAGAAGCAUACAGCUUUCAUUUGAAAAUGAAAAUGACCAUCUCAUGGUCUCAUUCAUAAUACCUGAGUUCAGGCUCUUUGUUCUUCCCUUCAUAGGUACUACUUCCAGCUAAUCCCACUGUGUUUGCUUUCCUCUUCCUUGUAACUCAAACGGGGUUUUGGUUUAAAUUGAAUGUAUAGUUAUUUUUCUUUAUUGUUUCUCUCAGUCCCUGAUCUCCGUUUCUGCUUUAGAGAUGCUCCUUGGCAGCCACGGGAGGGCAGUAGGUCUAUGUGGAGAAGUACCAGCCAUUUUAAAGUACUCUGCCCUGUGCCCCAUGUUUUCCAGAGAGGCUGAAGGCCCUGGAAUAUCCUUCGUGGCAGGAAAAUAAAACUGGCAGCACAGC